AUGGGAAAGCGACCAUUCAAUCUUUACUUUACUGAACUUAAUUGUUCGCUAUACAACGAACCAGGUGAAGAAUUCAAAUGUUGGUAUCACAAUAUUAAAUAUCGAACCUUUGUGGAUGGAUUUUUAAUUAUGUCCAAAGACGUAAACGCUUUUCAAAUGAGAGCUAAAUGUGAAAUUAUACGUUCGGAGGGUAGCGCGCCUAUGACUCUAUUUGACUUUACUACAGAUGGUUGUCGUUUGCUGGAUGUAGCUUCAGGAAAUAAUAUCCUUAAAGUUUCACUAGAUUAUAUGAGAAAAUCAGGACAUUUUCCAGAUCGAUGUCCUUUGGUUGCUAAAGAAAACUAUAGUCUUACAAACUUCUAUGUUGAUGCGGAUAUGCUACCAUCAUACACACCAGAAUGUAAGUGCAACAUGUCCACAUGA